GCCAGCGGCCCGGGGAGGCGAGCUCUGGAAGGCAGGCUCCGCCUCAUUGGCCGGGAAGUCGGAGGCGCGAGGCGGCGGCCAUGGAAGGGUCCGACACGGGCUUCCGGAAGGAGCUGGUGAGCAAGCUGCUGCACCUGCACUUCAGGGACGACAAGACCCGAGUGGGCGCGGACGCAUUGCAGCUGACGGCUGAGCUGCUGAGGGUCUUCGUAGUGGAGGCGGCCGUCCGUGGGGUGCGUCAGGCCCAGGCGGAGGACGUGGCCCAGGUGGACGUGGAGCAGCUGGAAAAGGUGCUGCCGCAGCUGAUCUGCUCCCCCACAGCUCCUGGACUUCUAGGGGUACACUGGACCAGUCCACUGAAGCCAGCCAGCGAGCCCACCAGUGCACAGCCCAUCCUCCAGCCGGUGACCAUGGGACACAGUGGUCAGCCCACAGGGCUCCCAGGCUGGCAGAUGCUGGAGGAAAGGCCAGGCCCCCCAGUCCAGGCACUGGUGGCCUGUGGCCAUGUGGCAUCCCCUCAGUGACUUUGCCCAGCUGUGGGUUGACUCUUGUUUGGUGGCAAUAAACCAGACGUCAGACA